AUGCCAUCAUAUAGAACGAUAGCCCAAGAAGAACAAGAGCGAGACGUUACGAUCUCACCAAAGACCAGAAUCUCAGAUGCAAAUUCAGAGACGUGGGUUACAAAGCUGCUGCUCUUUCUGCCUCUACUGCUUUGCAAUGGAAUCAGUCUUUUCCUAAUUGCGGGACCGGCCGAUGGAUGGACAUUGAAGGCUGAGCAGUAUGACUGGAUCUCAGCCAACCGGGAUACAACACAAAUUCUCGUCCAGAUCUUGGCCAGCUUUCUAGGGUUUUCCCUGGUGGCAACCUUGAGAGCCAUGACCAAUUUCUGGGCUCGUACUUGGCUGGCCCGAAGGCCAAUGCUUCUUGACACUAUCGCUUUCUUCGGCUCCGUGACAACGUCUUAUAUCAAUUGGUCUUUACCGGGCGACAGACUCCCCAUUACCGUAUUGGUUGCCUUGAUCUCCCUUAUUCCAGCUGCCAUCUGGGCUGGCGCCAUUACUCCUAUCAACACUGUGUUGGUUGACCAAGCACAGCUCUUCAUUCCAACCGCACGAUGGACAAAUGCAACAUCAGAUCUCUGGAACAAUAACAACUGGUACACUUACCAGCUACAGGGAGGUCCCAGAGUUUACAGCGACUUGGGUACCUUUUCCUACGCCUAUCAUACCGAUCGCUUUAGUUACUUCAUCAAUGAUGGCUCGAGUGCAACUAACACAACUGGUUUGCCUCAGAGAUUCGCCAAGGCUGACAACACGAAUUUCACAUACGCUGGGAGAUCAUACGGCAUGGGUGCUGCUGUCGGUUUGAAUGAUACCUUCACCGCGAACAAGUACAUCCAAAGCUAUGACUAUAACGAUACUGGCUAUCUAACGCGAUACACUUGUGGCUAUGAUACCACUUUUGCGGUCCAGAUCGAUAUGUCUACUUCCUCGCCGGUCCCGGUCUACUAUGUUCAUCUACCCGAUAAUGAUGGCUUUUACGUGGCAAGUCAACAUGGAAUCACGCCGGCCAUUGCAGCUGCAAAUACGCGAGAUAAGGCUUUCUACAUGGGUGCUUCGCCAAAGUACAGCAUUCUGAAUGCAACAUUUUGUAAUGCUACUUUUACACCAACACUCUUUACUAUUCAUGUGUACCUUAAUGAACGCCUCAUCACUGUGAAGCCGGUGGAGAAACAAACCCAGGUUGACGAGUUCACGCCUGCUCCAGAGUACAUCGUCUGGAGCGGUGCUGAUACAGCCGCCGCGCUCUCCAUUAUCGGCGCCACAUCCUACACUUCUCUCAUUGGCGAUAUGUUCCUCCGCAACAUCAAUCGUACCCUCUAUGCUGUUGGCGGCAACGCUGAAGUGAGUCCUUUGCAUGCGAUGCAGGAUACGGCCGAGGUGCUCUGGGAUGCAGCCUAUGCAGGGGCGUCUAGUGCCCAGUUGGUGAUCGCGCAGGAGUAUGAGAAUCGAAAUGUCACUGCCCAGGUAUAUGCAUAUCGGAUCGGGCGGCCCCUCUACAUUUAUAUUAUCACGGCAAUCAAUGCGGCAGGAAUGCUUCUUCUCGUUGCGGUAGCAGCGAGAACACGUUUCUGGGCGUCACUGCCGAAGUUAGACUUCACCGAUACGAAAAGCAUAAUCAUUGCCAGCUCAAUCGGCGGAACCGCGAUUUCUGAAGCGGUGAAAGUUGGGUACGAAAAAUUGGGCGCAAAAUCUGGCAAAAGAUUUUGGAGCGGAUCACGAUCGGAUCGCGUGGCUGGGAACAUUAUGGUGGUAAUGGCAGAGAAAGAUGAUAGCCCUUGUAUAACAACUUAG